UCCCUGUGAUGGGUUCCUUCCAGGAGGGGUCUUUUUCCCAGGUUGCCAAACUACACCUCCCAGGAUGCUACAGCAUUGAGCCAAUGUGGUGCCAAACCUCAUCCAGGCUGCAGUGUAGAUGGCUGCAGGAUGGAGGGGUUUCCUGCCUCGAAUUGAGAGAGAGAGAGAGAGAGAGAGAGAGAAGAGGAAGCAAGUGAGACGUUUCCAAGGCUCUGCUGAUCUGCUUCUGCCAUGGCUGAGAAAGAAGGGCACAAUGAGGGAAAUAAAGGGGAGCCUUCUUUGGAAGAGAGCUCAGAACCCCCCUGCGAAAGAAACAACAACGGCAAGGAGAACCACUUAAAUUGUGCCUGCAAAGAAGGAGCCGUGUCAGUUGAAAAGGCGUUUGGUGUUCAUAAGGAAAUAUCGGAGAUUACGGUGCAUUGUGGGAUCCCUGGAUGCCUCUGGUCCGGCAGCUUGAAGAACCUGGAGGAGCAUCAGCGCCUGUGCGAAUACACCCCGAUCUCGUGCCACUUUGGGUGCGGACUGGUGGCAAUACGGAAACAACUGGAUCAGCAUUUGCAGGACUGUUGCCUGAAGAAUCUUGCCGUCGUGCCCGCAAGAGAGGAAGGGUGCCCGUUUUCCAGCAUCGGGUGCUUCUUUAUGGGCCCUGCGGAGGAGAGAAAAGCCCACGAAGUAGAAGCCACGGGGGUUCACUUGCAGUUGUUGCUCCAAUACGUGAAGGAGCUGAAGGCAGGGUUGUGCCCAACAAGAGAGGCUUGGUUCACAGGCACCAACGUUUGGACCGGCCUCUGCUUCAAUGCGACGCCUCUGCAUCCGGAGAAGAAGAAGGUGCCGUGGCACGGCCUCGGGGAGCCAGACCAGGGGGUCUCUUUGCUGGAGAGCAAGCUCCGUGUCUUUGAAGGCAUCGUAUCUGUGCUGAGCAAAGAGAUGGCUGUCUCCAAGCAGAAGAGUGCAGCCGUCCGGGGACAGAGGGGCCUCGACCAGGACAUGAUCCGCGGCUUGGAGCUGAAGAUGGCCGACCUUCAGCGAUGCCUUGUCCAGAAAGAUGCCACUCUUUGCAAGCUGGAGGAGAGGCUCCGCUCGUCAGAGGAGACUUCCUACGAUGGGAGCUUUCUGUGGAAGAUUACUGAUGUCCACCGCAAAUGUUACGAAGCUGUCUGCGGGAAGAUGCGCAGCUUCCAGUCUCCUGCGUUCUACACGUCCCGUUAUGGUCACAAGCUCUGCAUGAGGAUUUACCUGAAUGGCGACGGGAGAAGCAAGGGCUCCCAUGUCUCCCUCUUCCUUGUGCUGCUCCGAGGGGAAUACGAUGCCCUGCUCAAAUGGCCCUUUGCACACGAGGUUACAUUCAUGCUGCUGAGUCAAAACAACACAGAAGAUCAUGUCAGCACCAUCCACCCGGAUCCAGCAUCGCCUUCCUUCCAGAGGCCCGUGACGGAUAUGAAUGAAGCCAGUGGCUUUCCCAAAUUCAUCCUGUUGGCUAAGUUACAGUCACCGAAAUACGCCUAUCUCAAAGAGGGGACCCUUUUCCUUCGGUGUAUCACGCAAGCCCAUCCGUGAAUCUUGCUCUUGGUAGUUUUCAAUCAGCGGAAAUGCCAGAAGCAUCUCAAGCAGCAGAGCUUGACCAUGAACCACCAUCAAGGACUGCUGUUGGUAGCGAUGAGAACAGAAGUUGGUGGAUAUAUGGAUCGAAAGAGCGGACAGAGGUUUGGGACUCUCCUUGGGAAAAUGUCUUGUGUCAAUGCGUCCAGAAUUGGACAUAAUCUAUCUAUAUAUAUAAAAAUGUUCUGUUUGUUUUGAGUGACAUCAUAACUCAAAAUCUGUUGGACGAAUUGGCUCCAAAUUUGGCCACAAGAUACCUACUAACUCAAGGAGUGACCAUCACUCAAAAUAUUGUCAUUUGGGAGUUGAGUUUUGGAAUUGUAGUUCACCUACUUCCAGAACUGACCUUGAUUUAUAGGAGUUGUAGUUCACCUACAUCCAGAGAGCACUGCAGACUCAAACAAUGAUGGAUCUGGACCAACCAUGGCACAAAUACUCAAUAUGCCCAAAUGUGAACACUGUUGGAAUUUAGGGAAAAUAGACCUUGACAUUUGUGAGUUGUAUUUGCUGAGAUGUAUAGUUCACCUACAAUCAAAGAGCAUUCUGAACUCCACCAAUGAUGGAAUUGAACCAAACUUGGCACACAGAACUCCCACAACCAGAUGUAAUCUCCUCUCUUGGCUUCAAACUACAAGAGAGGAGAUUCCAUCCGAACAUGAGGAAGAACUUCCUGACUGUGAGAGCCGUUCAGCAGUGGAAC